AUGACUAGCCACCGCCGACCCGCGGGGAGAGUCUCCGUCAACAUCCGCUGCGUCAGUAGCCCGCCGGCCGUCGACACAUCUUACAAGACUAAUGUCCCGCGCAAUGCUAACAUGGCCAAACUCCAAGCAGGAUAUUUGUUUCCUGAGAUUGCCAGGAGAAGAGCAGCUCAUUUGCUGAAGUAUCCGGAUGCCAAGAUUAUAAGCCUUGGGAUAGGUGACACUACCGAGCCCAUUCCAAAUGUCAUAACAAAUGCAAUGGCAGAGAGAGCACAUGCCUUGUCAACAAUUGAUGGCUACAGCGGUUAUGGAGCUGAGCAAGGUGAAAAGAAACUCAGAGCAGCAAUUGCUGCAACCUAUUAUGCGGAUCUUGGUAUUGAAGAUUCAGAUAUAUUUGUCUCUGAUGGUGCCAAAUGUGACAUAUCUCGCUUGCAGGUCCUUUUUGGAUCUAAUGCGACAAUUGCGGUCCAAGAUCCAUCAUACCCUGCAUAUGUUGACUCAAGUGUUAUCAUGGGCCAAACUGACUUAUAUCAGCAAGAUGUUCAGAAGUACGGAAACAUUGAAUACAUGAGAUGCAGUCCAGAAAAUGGAUUUUUUCCUGAUCUGUCAACUGUCCCUCGGACAGAUAUUAUUUUCUUUUGUUCACCCAACAAUCCUACUGGUGCUGCUGCAUCUCGGGAGCAACUAAUCAAAUUAGUAAAAUUUGCAAAGGACAAUGGGUCCAUCAUAGUCUAUGAUUCUGCUUAUGCAAUGUACAUAUCAGAUGACAGCCCAAAGUCUAUCUUUGAAAUUCCUGGAGCAAAGGAGGUUGCUAUUGAGACAGCUUCAUUCUCGAAGUAUGCUGGGUUCACUGGUGUCCGUCUAGGUUGGACUGUUGUCCCCAAGGAGCUCCUUUUCUCAGAUGGACAUCCAGUUGCUAAAGAUUUCAAUCGUAUAGUUUGCACUUGCUUCAAUGGUGCAUCAAACAUUGCGCAAGCUGGUGGUUUAGCUUGCCUCUCUCCAGAGGGUCUAAAGGCUAUGCAUGAUGUUGUUGGCUUCUACAAGGAGAACACUGAAAUAAUUGUUGACACAUUUACAUCACUUGGAUUCAACGUGUAUGGUGCCAAGAACGCUCCUUACGUAUGGGUGCACUUCCCUGGCCGCAAUUCGUGGGAUGUGUUUGCUGAGAUCCUGGAGAAGGUGAAUGUGGUCACUACUCCUGGCAGUGGAUUUGGACCCGGCGGUGAAGGCUUUGUGAGGGUCAGCGCAUUCGGACACAGAGAUAACAUCAUUGAAGCCGCAAGGAGAUUAAAGCAGUUGUACAAGUGA